CCCACAUUUGAUACACAUACAUAUGUAUAUAUAUAUAUAUUUAUAUAUACAUAUACACACAUAUAAAUAUAUAUAUAUAUAUAUACGCGUGUCUUCGCGUGUGAACGCGUGCACACACUCGUAUUCCAUAUUUAUACAGACGUGCGUUUUUAACCCCUUUCGCGCGUAAAAAUAAAUAAAUAAAUAAAUAAAUAACAAGUGUACAUAUAAAUCGUGAAUUGUGGGUACGAGUGUUGAUAGGAAUUGACUGAUUUUUUUUUUUUUUUUUUUUUGCGAAGGGGAGGAAGAUUGUGAGGAUGAUGAGUCGAAGAGGAAGAAGAGGAAGAAGUGAAUGUUUGUAGUAUAUGUGUAAAAAGGGAAGAUCCUGUUGAAGAAGAAUUUUUUAGAAUUUGACAAUUCCAAUAUUUGAGGGGGGAGGGGGGAAAGAGUUGAAAGGUUGGGAAGUUAAAUAUUGAGGAAGAAGGAAGAUUGUGAUUUGUGUCUCUCUCCUAGAGAGGAGAUUGUGAAAAGAGAAUCUAUAUUGAGAGGAAAGUGAGAUUGAAAUCCGUUGGGAGAGAAGGAAAAAGAGGGAAGAGGAAAGAUUGUGAACAAAGGAUUCACUUAGGAGAGGGAAAAUUUGUGAAAAUUUGUGUGAAUAGAGAGAAAGAAAAAUUGUGAACAAGGAAUCUAUUAAGGAGAGAUAACAGAAACAAUCCAGAGAAAAUCUAUUUGUGAACUAGUGUAGAGAAUCCAUUGAAGAAAAAGAGAAGAUAUUGAAGAAAAGCAAAAUAUUGAAUAAUUUCUAAAGGAAAGAAAAAAAAUUGUGAACAAGAGAUCAAAGAGAUAACAGUGUACAGAUAAAGUGCAAAGAAGAAUUAGAAGAGCUUUAUCCAUUUGAAUUUCUAAACGAUUCAAGACAUUGAUCGAUAAAAGAAGGAAUAGGGCUUAAUUUUUUCUUGGAUCUGUCAAGAGAGAAAUUAGAAAUUGAAAUAAUAUUGAGGCCGAUACGCGAAGGUGGAAAGGAUUGCUGGUAUUUUCCUCGAGAAGAACGACGUCGUUUUCGUUGGUGAACAGAAAUGGCGUCGGCGGCAGCGGAGUUGGUGGUGGAGAGGGAAUUGGAAUCGAGAAUCGAGAUGGCGGAUACGAAUCGAACGUUCGUGGGCGCCCAAGGGCUGGUCAAGAUGGCGUUGGACCAGUACACGGAAAUCCUUACAACGGUUUCCGAUCCACGGGUCAGUGACUGGCCCUUGAUGGACUCGCCGAUACCAACAUUUCUCAUCGUCCUUCUCUAUUUGUAUGGAGUGACGAUACUGGGUCCACGCGUGAUGGCGAAUAGGAAACCGUUCAAGCUGAGGGGGACCUUGGUCGCGUAUAAUGCGUUCCAAGUGAUCUUCUCGUUGGGGAUGCUCUACGAGCACUUGAUGUCCGGUUGGUUAUUAGACUACAGUUACAAGUGUCAACCAGUCGAUUACUCUCAUAAUCCGUCCGCGCUACGAAUGGCUAAUUUAUGUUGGUGGUACUUCAUCAGCAAAUUCACGGAAUUCGCUGACACGAUAUUUUUCGUUUUGCGCAAGAAGGAGAGCCAGGUGACAUUUUUGCAUCUGUAUCAUCACUCACUGACUCCUCUGGAGACAUGGAUCUGCGUAAAAUUCAUUCCUGGGGGACAUGGUACUUUGGGAAACCUUAUAAAUAACGCGGUGCAUGUAAUAAUGUACCUUUACUACAUGGUAUCUGCUAUGGGACCGGAAUAUCAAAAAUACUUAUGGUGGAAGAAACAUCUCACUACCGUACAAUUGGUACAAUUCUUUCUGGUGUUCGUACAUAGCACCCAAGCUUUGGUAUUCGAUUGCGGUUAUCCAAAAUUAGUAGCGGCACUUUUACUGCUUCAUUCAACAAUCUUCUUCAUCCUUUUCUCAGAUUUUUAUCGACGAGCGUACAAUAACGACAGAACGAUGAAGGAACUGAAGAACGAUUAAACACGAUGGACAUUAUUAUCCCAAAUUUACCUCCGAUACAUUUCAACACAUCGAUCUUUUGAUCACGCAUAUAUGUUCGAUUAUCACGAAUCGAUUAUAAAAAAAAAUUUCAAAUUUUUGUAAAUUAUUAUUUAAUUAUUAUUAAAAUUUCGUAUCCUCAAAAAAUAUAAAAAAAAAUUUCGUAUUUUUUUGCAAAAGAAUAUAAAUAAAUAUAAUAUAAAUAAUAUAAAAAAAAAUAUAAGAAAAUAUUUAAGAAAGAUCGAUUCAUGAAUUCGACCAUUUGAAAGAUCGAAGUGAUUAUUCGAUCGGAGUAGAGUUUAUAGAUUCCUUCCGUAUGGAAGAAGAUUAUAUAUUUUAUAUAUUAUUUUAUAUCCUCCGCAGGAUAUCUCAGGUCUCGCAAAAAGCUCAGACCAGGGCUUUCAAAGCACUUAUUUUUAAGAAAAUUUUGACCGAUUAUGUAUUCAAGGUUAUCAUUGAAAUUUAUAUUUUUGUUAAAAAGAAUGAAUUAAAGUUUUCACUAAAAACAAUCAAGUUUAAUUCGUUUUAUAAUACAUAUUCAUAUGAAAAAGUAGUAUAUGAAAAUUUAAAAAUAUAUAUAUAUAUAUAAUUCGAUACAUCGAUCGGUCUUACUUAGUCGUUAAUUUACUUUAAUGCACUUUUUACUUAUCGUCGGAUUUAUAAUUAAGAUUUACUGUAAAUAUAUAAUUAGUUUUAGUAAGCAUCACAGUUUUAUUUAAUAUACUACUUGUUUUGAGCUAUUUGUUUUACAAUAAAUAUAUGUACAAAUGAAUUUUUUUAUCUAUCUUUCAGAAGAAAAAGAAAAAGAUUAAUUCGUUUGAAAAAAAAUACUUAAUUUAAUAAACAUUCUAAUGUAUGUAAUUAUAAUGGCUCAUCUCAUGAAUUUUCAAGCUCAAUCUUCUGUUUAAAUUUGUAUGUAUUUAUAUUCUUUUAUUAUAUUUUAUUGUUAUUACUUUUAUUACUUUUUAUAACAUAUUUGUGAGUAUUUAAAGAAACUUCAUGAAUUAUAAGUCACAUUUUUAAAUAUAUAUUCACACUUGCAACAUAUGGAAUAAAUAAAUAAAAAAUAGUAAAAUAGUGAAGUGAUAUAUUUACCUUUAUAUUUAUUUCACAAAUUAUCGCGAAAUUAUUAUAUUUUAAUCUUAUGUAUUUCUGACACAAUACAAUAAAUACUAAAAAUUAUAUAUUGUUGAAUAAAAACAAUUGGCAUUGAAAGGAUAACAUAUUUCAAUAAAGAUAUUGAUAAGGACAAUAUUGACACUUGUACAUUUCUUGAAAAACAUAUAAAUACUGCACAAUGAAGUUUCUUGAAACUACUCAUUAAAAAUUAUCACUUGUUUCAUUUUUUUUAUAAGAAAACGUCGAAACGCUGGAACAUUAAUGAACAACCUCUCUGACAAAUAUCUUUCCUUUAUCCGGAAAUCUGUCGAAUAGAGAUACUUUCUACCUAUUGAUUCUUCCAUAAAUUCAUCCCUUCCAAAGAGAUGACAGAUAUACUCAUCUCGAAUUUACAGGUAAAAAAGACGAAUUUAUCUCUUAACAAUGUGAUUAUUUUUUUUAGGGAUUGAUCAAGCUUCAUUCUAAGUUAUUUAUAUACGUGAUAAAAUAUAAGCGUAAUAAUAUUUUGUAAAUAUGUAAUUCUUUUAUUAUUUUUUUUUUUUUGUAAUAUGAAUAAAUAUUGAAUUACUUGCACAAUGUAAC